CUUACUUGGAAGUUAGAAGACUCGAAGGGCUGAGGAAGAAUUUGAUUAGGAAGAAUUCGAAAGCGGAUUUGUGAAAAGUGAACUGAAGGAGGGAGGAGAAGCCUUUAUAUAGGCGAGGGAGGCGGAGGAUAGCGCGACACAUGGCAGGUAGAGGAAGCGACGCGUCAGCCGGCACACGCGUGGCACAUGAGAAGGCGAAACAACAGCAGCAGCAGCAGGUGGGUUCCGGUAAUGGGUCUUUAGUUGUCAAGAAGCCGCCGGCUAAGGACCGGCAUAGCAAGGUCGACGGCCGCGGGAGGCGAAUUAGGAUGCCGAUCGUUUGCGCCGCUAGGGUUUUCCAGCUUACCCGCGAGCUCGGCCACAAGUCCGACGGCCAGACGAUUGAGUGGCUCCUCCGCCAGGCGGAGCCGUCGAUUAUUGCCGCCACCGGCACCGGGACAAUCCCCGCUAGCUUCUCCACGAUUUCUCCGUCUUCCAGGAGCUCUCCCUCUCUCGGGACGUCUCUAUUGGCUUCGUUCGACCAGAAGCCGGUCGCUCCGGCGCCGUUCCUUCUCGGGAAGCGGCUGCGGGUCGAGGAGGAAGGCCUGGACGACGGCGGCAGAGGGAACAAGGACGAGGUCUCGGCCGCCGCAACCGUCGUCGGCCCCGCCGCCGGAUUUUGGGCGUUCCCGGGCAGGCCGGACUUCGGGCAGGUCUGGAGCUUCGCUGCCCCUCACGAGAUGGUGGUGCCGUCGCAGGCGGCGGCCGUAUUGAAUUCCCAGGCGACUCGAUUUUUCCAGCAGCAAUUAGGGGAAGCGUCGGCGGCUAGGGUUGGGAAUUACUUGCCCAUUGCACAAGGGCACCUUAAUUUGCUAGCCUCCCUCUCCGGCGCUCCCUCCUCCGGCCGGAGAGACGACGACGACGGCCAUUGAAGCUUCUUUCCGGGGAGCUGAUGAUGCUACUCCCAUUAAUGUUUGUUUCUUUUUUUUGUGUGCCUUUUCUUGGGCCAUGUUAGAAUGACUCCAAUAUUGACACCACGAAUUACAAUCGUCUAUAAAUUUGUUCGUACAUAAGAUGCAAAAAAUUCACUUGGAAAAUGUUAGGGUGCUACCACAUGGUUCGCAAUGAUUAUUAUCUGUCUCACAUAGAUGAUUAUCAUCUGUGUUAUUUGUGCAAAACAUGGGUGCACCGAGGGUAACACCUAUGUGGUGGCACCCUAGCAUGACCGAAUUCACUAUGUCAAGUGUCCUACAAGUUUACAUACGGUUGUCAUCGGUGGUGUCAGAAUUGCACUUAAUGGUUCAGACUGUUUGUUUCAGCCUCUUAAUGGUUUAGAUGUCUGAAUGGUUAAGAGAUUUGCCUCUGAAUGGUUAAGUAUUAUACAGAGUCUGAAUGGUUAAGACCUCUUAUCUGAAUUGAUCAGACAUUUGCCUCUGAAUAGUUAAGCAAUAUACUAGCUCUUAAUGGUUCAGACCUCUUACUGCCUCUUAAUGGUUUAGAUGUCUGAAUGGUUAAGAGAUUUGCCUCUGAAUGGUUAAGUAUUAUACAGAGUCUGAAUGGUUAAGACCUCUUAUCUGAAUUGAUCAGACAUUUGCCUCUGAAUAGUUAAGCAAUAUACUAGCUCUUAAUGGUUCAGACCUCUUACUGGUUCAGCACUUAAUGGUUCAGACCUCUUACUGGUUCAGCACUUACCCAUUCAGAAGUUGCCAAACAGCCCCUUAAGUGUACACCACUAUCUCAGAGACACACAUUAGAUAUUUGUAGCAAAAUCCAUUUUGAAUCAAUCAAAUUAUAUAAUUUGUGAAUUAAUAAUGUAAAUUAAUUUUG